AUGAAGUAUUACAAUUGUGCCCUCAAACAAUCAGUCAAUAGAGCCAAUAUGUUAGAGAAACAAAGCUAUCUGGAUCGACCGACUAUUAGCCCUGAACAUUUACAGGAAGCUGCUGAAAACCUAUCAACAAUUCGUGAUUUUAUUCGUUUUGGGGUUACAGCUUUACGUCAAUACGAUGCACAUUUGGGUCAAGGUACAGAAGAUUAUUUCGCAGAAAGUUCUGCCUUGGUUUUACAAACGCUUUCUUUGGAAUGGAAGGCGGAUGCUGAAAUUUUAGAUUCAAAAUUAUUGCCAAGUGAAAAAGCUGAGUUUUUAAAUCUACUCGAACGUCGUGUAAAUGAAAGAAUUCCAACCUCUUAUUUACUUAACCUCUCUUAUUUCUUUGGUAAGCCAUUCUAUGUUGAUGAGCGUGUGUUAAUUCCUCGUUCACCAAUUGCUGAAUUGAUCGAAAACCGUUUUGCACCUUAUUGUUUAGAUGAAAAUGGGCAAACGCGUGCAGGCGUGAAUAAUUUACCUGAAAACCCAAAUCCUAAAACACCACAGCGUAUCUUAGAUAUGUGUACGGGUUCAGGUUGUAUUGCGAUCGCGCUGGCAUAUGCAUUCCCUGAUUCAGAAGUAGAUGCAACUGAUAUUUCUAAAGAAGCAUUAGAAGUGGCUUCUAUUAAUGCGGAGCAUCACAAUAAGCAAUAUCAGGUGGCUUUGCUUGAGUCUGAUUUGUUUGCCAAAAUUCCAGCUGAAAAUCAAUAUGAUUUGAUCGUUUCAAAUCCACCCUAUGUGGAUGCCGAAGAUAUGGCAGAUCUCCCGGAUGAAUUUCAUCAUGAGCCUGAACUUGCUUUAGCUGCGGGUCAAGAUGGUUUGGAUUUAGUUCGAAAAAUGUUGGCUCAAGCUGCUGAUUAUUUAACUGAAGACGGUUUAAUCGUAAUUGAAGUGGGUAACUCAGAAUGGGCAAUGAAACAGAAUUUUAAUACGAUUGAUUUUUACUGGUUACAGUUCCAAAAAGGCGGUACAGGAGUCGUAAGCAUGGCAGGUAACAGUAUUGGACAACUCUUCCGUGUAACGACUUGUGGUGAAUCUCACGGCGUAGGCUUGAUGGCAAUUGUUGACGGUGUGCCACCGGGUCUUGAAUUAUCUGCUGAAGAUUUACAAAUUGAUUUAGAUCGUCGUAAACCGGGAACGUCUAAGUUUGCCACUCAACGUAAAGAGCCAGAUGAGGUUGAAAUCAUUUCUGGAGUUUUUGAAGGUAAAACGACAGGAACUUCAAUUGGUUUAUUGAUCCGUAAUACAGAUCAAAAAUCUAAAGAUUAUGGCAAUAUUGCGCAAACUUUCCGUCCAGGCCAUGCAGAUUACACCUAUACGCAAAAGUAUGGUUUCCGUGAUUAUCGUGGUGGUGGUCGUUCAAGUGCACGUGAAACGGCGAUGCGUGUGGCAGCGGGUGCGAUUGCAAAGAAAUUUCUUUUUGAGAAAUUUGCGAUAGUGAUUCGUGGUCAUGUGACGCAAAUUGGUACAGAAAAAGCACAAGCUUUAGAUUGGAAUGAAGUCCCGAAUAAUCCGUUUUUCUGUGGUGAUGUCAAUGCAGUUCCACGUUUUGAGGCGCUGGUGACAUCACUACGUGAACAGGGGACCAGUUGUGGUGCAAAGCUUGAGAUCCUUGCCGAAAAAGUACCUGUAGGUUGGGGUGAACCCGUAUUUGAUCGUUUAGAUGCUGAUAUUGCCCAUGCCAUGAUGUCAAUCAAUGCGGUGAAGGGUGUUGAAAUUGGUGAUGGUUUUGCAGUUGCAGAACAAUUUGGCCAUGAAACCCGUGAUGAACUUAGCACAGAUGGGUUUUUAGCCAAUCAUGCUGGUGGUAUUCUCGGUGGUAUUUCUUCAGGCCAAACCAUCCGUGUAGCGAUUGCGUUAAAACCAACCGCAAGUAUUACUACACCAGGGAAAACCAUUAAUCUAGAUCGUGAAGAUACAGAUGUACUCACCAAAGGUCGUCAUGAUCCUUGUGUGGGCGUGCGUGCGACACCUAUUGCUGAAGCCAUGCUUGCCAUUGUAUUGAUGGACCAUUUUAUGCGUCAUCGUGCACAAAAUGCGGAUGUGGUUGCACCAUUUGCCCCAAUUGAACCUAAAUAG